CAACACCACACUACAACUAACAACUACAACUAACAACAACAACAACAACAACAACAACAACAUCACCACACCUUCACUAUGCCUCCCGUCAGCCAAUUCCCUCCUGCGCGCGUCUUCCUCAAGAACGCUGCUGCGAUCCCAACGCCCAUCUCCACAAUGCCCACAGCUCGACGAUCGACUCUUACUUCGCCCAUAAGCCCAAGAUACACCACCGCCUCCUCCAGCAAUCCAUCCCAAACCAUGGCCCAGAUUAUGAGCCAGCGACCGGGUGCUACCCGCACCGAAGGUCAACGGAGAGCUACCAAUUGACUAUCUAUGAGUCGAUUUCCCAUCUUCCCUGUAUCUUUCACCCAGAGAGCUGCAGCGAUGUAGAGAUCGACACGGAUCAACCACCACGCGGCUACUUCCCCACCCUCAACCCCCACGGCCAACACUCAGCUGCUCUCUUCUCCCCACCAUCUGACAGGGAACAAAAAGUAAAUGCCCGACGGUAUUACACAUACAUACACACAUACUGGACAAUGUUGCCUCUUCCUCCCCACGCUAGCAAUCACGACACCGGCUGUCGCAUCAUCACCACUCGCUCGUGCGAACCGGAAGAUGCCAAACAACAACGUCUCAAAAUUGUACAUACACCACUCACGAAAACAAAAGGAGCAGGUUCUUCCACACAUCAACGACCCAUGCACGCAGCAUCAUCACACACGAACAGAACCAGCGCCGGAUAGCAGGAACGAUUUUUAUGACGGAGUUUUUUCAUUUUUUUCAUUUUUGGAGCUGGGUUUCUUUUUUCCAGCAUGGGAUUAGACACGACAUCAAAAAAAAGGUUGACGGCUUGUAUUAGCCAGUCCCGGUUGGGUUCGCAGGAGUUUAGGAUUUGGGAUUUGUACGAUUGCAGCCAUGUAUACGAAGAUUUGCAUGGGUAGGAUGCGAUAGGCCUACAGAUACCCACAAACAAACAAACAAACAAAACAUCAAAUCAAGGAUUACAC